AAUGCUGGACUAAGUGUCAGUAUUAUGGAUUUUUGUCCUUCUCCCUCUCUCCACACAAUCUACUGUAUCAGUUGCCUGUAAACAACAUCCCAGCAACAACAACAGCAACUGUUCUUCCAGCUCCUCCACCCCACAGCUGCGCUCCAAAAAAGCAUCAAACCAAACAGGGUAAAGACCAGGCUUACAUUAAGAAGCCCCCAAAUGCCUUCAUGCUGUACCUUAAAGAGCAGAGGCCAAAGGUCAAAGCACAGCUAAAUAUCAGUGACAGUGCAGCUGUGAAUGCAGCUGUGGGAGAGAGAUGGAAGUCGCUCUCAAAGAAGGAGCAGAAAAAAUAUUUCGACAAGGUGGAAACACAAAGAUAUCAUCACGCCAAAGAACAUCCGAAUUGGUCAACCAAAGAGAACUAUGGCAAAAAGAGGAAGAGAGUCAGAGAUCGCAACUGCACCAAAGAGGACGCUCAGCAGGCCAAAACACCUCGUAUGAGGCCAAGUCAAGCAGAGCCAUCUUCUAAUUCAGCUAUGAAGGAACCACAUCAGCUGGAUAGAGUCUGGGUGUCCCAGCCACAGACACAGCCAGGUGUUAACACCCUAAUCAAUCAGAAAACAGUACUGGUGCCAAACACACUGAACCCGGUCAGUGUGCCUGUGUGCAAUGUGCCAUGUGCCACAAGUUUAUUAGUCCCUCCUGUAAUAAAGUGAAUUAUUGUUUGCAAAGUGAUUUGUUCCGCAAUGGAUUGUGUUGCUGCACGGACAUCUUA